CUGACACAAAACUCUUUUCUCUCUCAUUCCCCACCACCUCCUUCUCUCUCCACACGAGAAAACAAAUUUGAAAUUCCUCACUGCAAAAACCCAAGUUCAAACACAAACCCCGGGGCAUGCGCAGCCGUUAGACCAUCCCCCCAUGACGAAUCCCUGCCGUUCAAUUACCGCAACUAGCCCAGCAGUACUCCUGUCACUGCUUCUCUCGGCGGCAGCUGCUGUGCCUACCGCAGCCGCGCAAAUGACCACAGAUUCUUCUUUGUCGUCGGAAUCCUCUUACUCGAACGUCAAUCCGUCAAUGGCGGUUCUCAUUCUGGUGUUGUUCCUCGCCUUCUUUUUCAUGGGCUUUUUGUCUUUCUUCAUCCGCUACUGCAACCCCGAAAACUCAGGAGACUCAGGCCUAGCCACCGCCGGACGUCAGAGGCGGGUCAAGCCCGGCCUCGAUAAGGAAGUGAUCGAUUCGUUUCCAAUUUUCCAGUACUCCGAUGUGAGAGAUCUCAAAUUCGGGAAAGGAGAAGCGACGCUAGAAUGCGCCGUGUGCAUAGCCGAAUUCGAAAACGACGACGCUCUGAGAUUGCUGCCGAAAUGCGACCACGUUUUUCACCCCGAGUGUAUUGACGCCUGGUUGGCCUCUCACUCCACGUGCCCCGUCUGUCGCGCGAACCUCGCCCCGAGUCCGGAAGAACUCGGACAAGUAACCGAGUCGACUCAGUCAAGUGACUCGGAUGGAGCACAAAAUCAAAAUCAAGACGAGACACAGAUAGCGGUUGACGCUGAGGAAGGCGGAAACAGAGAGGAACAGGCGAGUGAAUUGCCGAAGCGGAAGAUACCGAGGUCGUACUCAACGGGUCACUCACUGAGCCAACCAGGGGAGAAUUUGGAGAGGUACACGUUGAGAUUACCGGUGGAAUUGAGGAGGGAAAUGAUGAGUCGUCGGUCCGGUGGAAGCUUGAAACGGACGAUUAGCUGCGUUGUCGUUUUGCCGAUGUCGGAAGGGAGCUCGAGAAGAGGAGGAGGAGGAGGAGGAGGGGAAGGAAGUAGUAGCAGGGGCCGGUCGGACCGGUGGGUUUUUUCGAUGACGCCGCCGUUUUUAUCGAGGGCGCCUUUUGUUGCAUCGCCGAAGGUGGGGUUUGAAGGGGAUUUAACGGCGGUGGUGGGGUCUAACAGGUCAUUUUUGGCGAAUGUGAGGGCGCCGUUUGAUUGUGUUGCCGUGAAGAGUGACGGAGUUGGGCAAACGUCGACCCGGCCACCGGUGUGAUUUCAUACUAUUCUUUCUUUAUUAUUAUUUUUUUAACGGCAAUUUAGUUGUAUUGCCAGCGUAGCGUUAGCUACUGUAUUCAAUUACUAAUUGUUUUAAUGUAAGCUGAGUUUCGUGUAAUUAAUUCAAAUGGGAAAAAAAGUGCAAUUAAUAUC